CGUCGGGAGUUCACGGUCGCGCGAUCGCGCGUGCGCGCAUCGCUCGGUUCGGGAGAGAUCGGAAGUGCCGAGACCACCCGAAAGAAAAGUGCCCGAAGAUCGGAAGUGCGACCCCGAAGCAUAGCAUGCCGGGUCGAGCGCGGUGAUAGGUCGCGGCCGACCUCCCUCGAGGUCGCCAUUUCUGCGAAGUGCGCGACCCGAAACGUCUCGGUGACCCGUCUGUUAAAAAAUGGCGCCUCCUUAACCAGGGAUUUUCUCCUUGUUCUCCUCUUCGUCCCGUUAUCCCAGAAAUUUCCUUCUUCCAGGAGGUCGAAAUGACGUGACGCGACCCGCGCCAUCUAAAGGGUGUUCCUGAAACCCAGGGACUCGGUGCCGUGGCUUGGACCCUGUCAUGAUCAUUCUUUCCGAAAGUGCGAGGAAAACGAUCCGAGGUAACCCCGGAAAUUGAACUUUCCCGGUUUUUCCUUCGGUUUUCUAACUUUUCGGGAGGCCGAGGCGCGCGGCGGGCUCCGGUUCGAGGAGCGCGCAUGCGCAGGGCGGCGCCGCCUGGAUCGGCGGCCGCGAUCGGCGAUCGGUCCGGAGUCGGCAGUGUCCCUCCGACGAGGCGGCCGGCAUGUUGCCGGAAGUGAGCAGGGAGGAGCGGCGCUCCGCCGGCGGCGUCUAGUCGCCCGGGGACGGCGCGAAGGCAUCGCGACUCUUCCGCCGGAAGGUCCCUCGCGGGCCGCGAAGUCCUCCGUCAUGCUGCUGGUCGUCGCGGCGCUUCUGCUGGCGCUCCAGGCUACGCGGGCCGACAAUCUGGGUACCCUGAAGACCUUCCAGAGGGCCGCCUGCGACGAGGAGGCGAUGACGCUGAAGUGUCCUCCCGGGACCGCCAUUUCCGUCACCUUGGCCCACUACGGAAACGCGAAUCCCUCCAUCUUCAGAAAGUGCAUCACUUCGGGUACCAACGCCCUCGACAAGCAGGGAAACGACACCUGUCGAUUGACCGACGCCUUGCAGUAUGCACUGUUGCAGGCCGUCGUCGAAGUGUGCCAGAAGAAACGGCAGUGCAAGUUCAACACCAACCCCCGGACCUUUAAGGUCGACCCGUGCCCAGGACUGUCGAAGUACGCCGAGGUGGCUUAUCAGUGCCGUCCGUACGAGUUUAGGAGCAAGGUAGCCUGCGAGAACGACAAUAUCAACCUGGUGUGCAACCCCUUGUACAGAGUGGCCAUUUACAGUGCAGCUUAUGGCAGGACAAAGUUCGAAUCUGUGCAGUGCCCUCAACCCCGAGGGGUUGAAGAAGAGACCUGCCUGGCGAGCCAUGCAACGGAGACGAUGAUGCAAAAGUGCCAUGGUCAGCGAAAGUGCACAGUGGUGGCGAACGGCACCACCUUCCAAAACACUUGUGGACCCCACAGCAAGGCGUAUCUCAAGGUGGUUUACACCUGCGUACCCUGGACCGUGCUGCGCGACCAGAGCGAAGGAGGCAUCGAGGCCGACGAGAGGAACAUGGUCCACGAGUUCGAGGAAGGGUUCGACAGGGCUGAUUUCAGGACCGAGUUCAGCCCUAGUCCUAACUUGGAGGGCCCACAACCUCAGCCUAGGGAUAACGCCUCGAGAAAUGGCCCCACCGUGAGUUCUUCCCCUCCGAGGGCGAGGACCAACAACGACGUGGACGCGCGGUACAAGUUAAGCUCUGUCGGUACGGUGGGUAAAGCUCGCAAGCACGUGCUCUUACCGACCGACGUUACCACGGGGAUGAUGUUGGGCGACAAUGGGGUUAAUAGUAAGGGCGAACCAAUCGCCGUGUCCCCGACGAAUUGCACGACGGUCGUCUACGCCUUCCCCGAGGAGGAUCGCGUGGUUGUCGGAUAUCUCAAUGAAUGGAUCAAUGCCUACUCCUUCAUAUCAAAGAACCAGGAAAAGUUCUAUCUCUACGUGAUCGUGUCGGUGGCUGCUGGCAUUUUGCUCUUUCUGGGCAUCAUUAUUGGCAGACUGUUGGUCAGUCGUCAUCGGGCAAAGAGGAACGCGAAGUUCCACGCGAACAACGAGACCCUGCCGAAUGGGUUCACCGACGACAUUUCCGAAAUCGACGCCGACAUCGACCUGACGACGCCAAUUCCUGUGUCGAUGAACGACGCCAGGACACCGGAAACGCAAUUGGCGGAGCGUUUACACGGGGAGCGGUAUUACGUCGACUCGAGGAUGCCGUUGUCCACGGCGCCCGUCCAUGGGACCCUCCACCCCAUCAGCUCCGGGAUGCGAGUAGAUCUGGGCAACCACAUGGUCGGGACGGACAGUCUGCACACGAUCCUGCGAGCCGAAAAUCCCAGGAGUCUCACCAACAAGAGCUACUAUUACGGCUGACAAGAGGAAGGGGUUGCCCCCCGCGAGGGGCGACCCCAUUCCCUGAGCCCCGUGCCGGAAGUCAGCACCAGGAAGUACUGCUUCUAGAGGGCUCGCCUCGUGGACGGAAGACCCUCUUGCAAGACCACUUGCACACCAUGUACAUACGUCGCGAUGAACCAGGAACCAUGGUACCAGCCACCAAAGAAGAAGGACCUCCGACCAGGACCCCCUGGAGAAGUGGCAAACCAUGGACAAUUAACACUAAACGUUCUCACCAGGAAGAGCAGUGACUGAGAAACGACUUGCGGAAUUGUCCUUUGUACAUACACUCACGCGCAGUGGGUUGAAGUGAGAUGAAACGAUGAAACAAUGAAAUGAUGAACGAUAUGGGGCGGGAGGAGACUCCCCUUUAGGGUCGCAUUGAAGAUCAUCGCAAUCCAGGUGGUAAUUCUUCAAUGAGAGGACCUGGAGUCCCUUCUGGAUGCGCAAAAUGUCAGCUGUAUGGUGGAGGAGUGGAGAUGAAUCUGCUAAAGGAUGUGAAGUGCGAGAGCAUGGCGCUGCCGUGUACAUAGGAGCCUCAAAGUCUGGAAUAUGAGCUCCACGGUAACGCUAAGCCAAUUACUCCGUGUAUAUACGUUAUGACAAACCGUUCCGAUGAGAACAGUGAGGGAAGGCUCAUCGAGGGCCACCCGAGAUGGGCGAUGCAUCCCCGUCUUUGCGGGGGAUCCUCGCGCUCGAUAAAUCACGAGAUAAUUGGCAAAUCGGAGCACCUAGACCGAUCCUCGGGUAUGCAAAAUGUACACCGGCUCCAUGAACUCCAUGGAGUUUCGACCGAGGCUUAAUUAAGGGGUCUACUGUGCAGGAGAACCACAAGACUCGAUCCCCGAUCGGUGGAGUUCACUCAAAGCGAACGGUUCCUUGAGGUUAUCCUGUGUACGAACCUUGGAACUCCUUGGGAGAACAAGGUGGUGCACUCAGGGCCUGGUUGCGGUCAUGGCGCGAUUGUUUGAAGUAUAUGAUAUUGUUAUAAAUAAAUGGAAGACACGUUUCUGGCGCCAGGGUCGCCACCAGAUCCGGGGAGCCGGCAGAGGACCCUCGUGUAUCCUCGACGACGUCGAACUUAGUUUUAUCAAGGAUCUCAUGAAAUGGACAUUUCAUCCCUGCACUUUCUUAGGGAAUUACUUAAUUUAUCCAGAAAGACGUUUUUAUAGGACGCGGAUCGAGUUUCCGGUGAUUUGGGGAGUGGUCGGUGAAGGACGUUUGCCUUAAAUCUUGAUCCAGAUUUAGAAGGGCGCGGCGCUGAUGAGCGAAUCGUAACGCUUUGAGUGUUUCUUUGAUUGGAUCUAUCUGGACCAUGGAUUAUGCCGAAGGGGUGGAAGGAGAGUCUCGACUUUGACGCAUCUCGCUGCUCCGAAAUGUGGACCAAGAUUUAUUUCUAGUUUUCCAUAAGCCGGUUAAGGUGUUAAGAGAUACUGCCAUUAGCGGGAUCGCGAGAUGCGAGGAAUUCCGAAGCGGCCGAUCAUUGUGCGUUUACGAGACUGCCUACCAGUUUGCAUUUUCAACGCGUAUCGACCACGGAGGGACGAGACCUGCGGCCCACCUCGUAAAAUGCCAACAUUUCUUCUUUAUUGCCGGAGAAAUGCUCACCGCGGAUAUCGCUCUGUCGGCCUGGGAAAGCUUCGGGCGUGGAAGAGUAAAGAGGAUAGACGCAAAAUUAGAAAAACAAUUUUUAUCCCGACUUUUCCAGGAAUUAUUCAAUUUCAACGACCUACGGUACACUAAAGGCAUACUGAAAAAUAUUCUGAAAAUGUUCCUAAAGUUUCGUUACGUUUAUAAUAAUCCUUUUCUGGGUAAAUUUGGUCUAUCCUCUAGGAGGGUGAGCGAGUGGACUGAUUUGGAGGAGGCGGGAUAAUUCUAAGAUGUGUCGAAUCUCAUAAGUUAAUGUGCGAUCCGAUCUGUACCGAGAAUAAUUCCGUGGGAUCGGCCGAAUGACGAGUACGCGUAUUUGGCGUGGACUAUUUUGCGGGCCGAGCUCCGAACACUAACUCCCGAAAGACUUCUGCAACCGUGUAUAUAUCGACGUGUACAUAGACGUACAAUUAAGCACAUGUUUACAGGACUUAAGGAAAGUAGCACGUAGGACGAAAAAUCGGACCGACUCUUGAGCUUUUUCAUUGACGGUCGGGGAGUAUUAGUGAAAAAAAAAAAUUGGACAUUGGCGAUUCACGGACUCGUUUUUCGACCUGACUUUUGUAUAAAAGUAAUCAGCAAAAUCCCUUCUGCGCCGCUUCGUCGCGUAUAAUUUUCCAACAAUUAAAACGUAUUUAACAAUGAAUCGUUCCCGAUUUAUUUUCUAUUAAAUUAAACAUCCUCAUUUCCGGAAAGCCGCGUAUCGUCGAAGGUUUGAGCUUCGAGAUGCAAGAAUUGUUGGUCCACCCUUCGAAGUGGAAAAUCAGUUCCUAUCAGUCAUUCGCCAGAAAAAUCAAGGAAUCUCUUCUCGAAGCUGCUUUCCGGCAAACCGUCUACGAUUGGACCUUUAAAGAAAUAUCCUUCCCCUCGGCCGGCGUUUUAAUUGGUCACGUUAAUUAAGGCUCUCCUUCCAAGAGCCACUGAAUUACGAGAAGAAACCCGACUUGCUGGGGGGCAAUCCUAAUUGUCGUGCAACCUUUUCCCUCCUAUUAUUUUCGCCACCCUGUCCGUCUCUUCUUCUCUCUUCCUCUUCCCUACCUUGACUCGAGCGAGAGACUAACGCGUCGGUCUUGUUUACUCGAAAGCUGCGAAUCCAGCCUCCGAGUACUGUACCAAAGAUAAUUAGGAUCGAUUGACAAAAUGAUAACUCUAUAUUCUUGUUGAAGCAUUUUCUGCGGAGUGCCUGAUACCCUGAAGAGGCGCGGUAGAUUGCGUGCAUCCCGAAGCCACGUUCAAUUUCAUUCGGCCUGAAGCGAUUUCGGAGCAAUUUCGGCAAGCCCUGGCUAAAGCUGAGACAAAUUAGCUAACUUUGGCCAGAGCCCUCGCAAAUCCCAUUUCGUUGACCCGUUACCACAAUUAUCGGCUCCGAUGGUCAUAAGUAACUAUCUUUAUUUAUUACCCUCACUCCUUAAUUUUAUCAUGAUUUCGAUAAUCAGAGGUAUAAGAGCGAUGUUUUAAAAUCUUUACGUAAAAAUGCCUUUUUUGUACAAAUAGCAAAUGUAAGACAAGUUUCGUCAAAUUUGCGAAACACUCAUGAAUAAUUCAUUUUGGCUUUGACAACAUCGCUUCUUCUCUGAACCGUCUUGAAGAGGUGCUCGAUCGAGGUUAAUUUUUUAAUUACGUAUUCUAGGAACUACCGAAUUAAUUUAUAACGUUUUGAAAGGAUGUUCGAGCGUGCUUUACUAAUUAAUAAUUUUCCUUAGAAUAAGUUCGAUAUGUCGGGAUCAUAUCGCGAUCUUGACAGGGCCGGAGUAAAGUAAUUUGUUGCGACGCACGGAUGAUUGUUCAUACGGUGCAUAGGAAAUUGUAAAAAAGAAUCUGCUUGCUGGGCGAGUAAGACACGAGAAAACUAGACCCUAAUUUAUUCGUGAGUUUGGAGAGAAUAUUUUUGGCAAAGGAACCGCGUCGGUAAAUUAUUUUACCUCGCUCUGCACUGUCACCGGAUUGCACUCGAAGUGCAUCUCUGUGCAUUUCUCCGACACGUGCUAGGUGUGCGCGCACUGUAUCGCCACGUGCGUUAAAUUAAGUAAUCUUUUCUACGGAAACAGUGGGAAAAAAAAAGCCAAGCGAAGAAUAUUACGUCAAUAAGUUUAUAUGUGAUUAUUCAAAAACCUGUACAUAUUGCUGUAUAAAAAAAAAAAAGAAGUGCAGGUCUAAGCCCGCAAUGCACCCUUCGAACCGCAGUCUCCUCUUGGAGGCACAUUGCGACUCAUUUAUUUUAUUUGAUGGGCACCUUUAUACUCGAGAAAUAAUUGUUCAACCAUCGUUUAAAAAUUCCUACUCGUUCUUUAGCGAUCCUUAUCAUAAACGUGUCCUCUUCGGUUCGAAGGGUACCGAUAACGAUUAAGUCACUCGCGAGUUGUACCGUCUUGCAUUCGUAACUGACAGUAGACAGUGUAAUUUCCAAGCGACUGUAAACAAAAAAAAAAUCAAGUAGGCGAAAGGCGUCGAGUCGAUGUCCUGCGAAGUAUUAUCCUUCCAAGUCUGUAUUUUUAAUAAAAUCCGCAAUUGGACGCGGCAUAGGCAAUCUCGGUGCUCAAAACCCGGUGUGAAUCAUUCGAUCAGUCUGUAAAUACGAGUGCGACUCAUGAAUGUGGGAACCGGAAGGAACGAGGCCGUGAAAAAAUUCAUCACUGCCUCCGAGAGAGAAUUCCUUCUCCUGUAAUAAAACCGAUGUCCGUCAUUUCUCGUUAAUGUAAAUGCAGCACUCCUGCAUCUCCGAUUCACUUGACUCGAGAGGUGUUACUCCGGAAUAAAAACCAUUAAAAUUGACAGCCGCGGAUGAAUCAUGUCGAAUGAUGGCCAGAACUUGAUAUUCACUUAUUUCAUGAUUCAUCCUUGGCCACACCUGUCAUAUGCUGUCUAAUAUGAAAAAUCGUACGCGAAACGAUCGUGGAAAGGGAAAGUCUACUGAGAGCACAAAUAGCGGAAAUCAUGGAGAUAGUGUAUGAUUUAUAAAUCAUUGAUUUUUGGGGCGAAGUCAGUAAUUGGUGCUCCUAUGUAGAGGGACUCCUCCUUUCCGUGUAAUGCAUAAGUGAUUUGAUUAUUGGACAAGGCAUCCUAUUUCGAGCACCAACCCAUGUAAAAAGAGAAACUGCGAUCGGGAUAAAAUAUCACAAAAUCGACGGCACGUGAUCAAUUUUUAUUGAAUAACGACUUAAAACGUAACCGACUCAUUUUAACUGUGUAAAAAGUAAAAGCCUGAGAUAUAAUAAA